AGAUUCGGGUUUAAUAAUAACAAACUCAUGGUAAGGAGUGGUGAACAUUUGGCUAACUGUUAAGAUCUUGCUGAAUUCAACUGGUCCAGGAAUAGAACCCAUCAAAAGGAACCAAAUAAUUUAGACGACAAAUAAAAAAACAAUUCAAAAUCUUCACACUGAGAAACAACAAUGUCCUUCCUGAGAGAGAUCAGCUCAUUGAAGAAGAACAUGUUUCUCUCAGAGAAGGAUGUUUUAUUGAGACUUGUGGCACAGAUUGAAGCUGAAAUACAACAGGGUGAGAGAAAAAACUAUAAUGAGGUGCUUGAUUUGUCUUCUGGAGAUCUCCACAGAGGGGGAAUAAAACCCAUCACCUUUGUUCGUCAGGUCCUUGCUGCUUGCUUCUAUCCAGCACUUUUGAAGGAUGAUAGUCUGCCAUUAGAUGUUAAAGAAAGGGCAGAUGAUCUCCUUAGACAAUGUGAAGGUGGAAGUGUAGGCUCAUAUACAGAUUUGUGUGGAAUCGCCAAAAUCAAACACAGCGUCUCUAAGUUCAUUACCAGGAGAGAUGGAGGAGUUCCUUCCUCACCCGAAAACAUCUUCAUCACGUCUGGGUCACAGAUGGCUCUAAUGUUUUUGCUGAAGCUGAUGAUUCAGAGCAAGGUCCCGUGUCAGACUGGUGUGCUCAUACCUGUGCCCACCUACGCUUCCUUUACUCUGGCUCUGGAGGACCAUGGUGCUGCCAUCAUACCUUACUAUUUGUGUGAGGAGCAGUGCUGGACACUGCAGGUGGAGGAGCUUCGCAGAGCGCUCCAUGAAGGCAGAAGGACCUGCAAUCCAGUAGCGCUUUAUAUCUGCAACCCAGGGAAUCCUACUGGUCACAUACAGAGUAGGAAGUCCAUAGAAGAAGUGAUUCGGUUCGCUGCAGAAGAAAAGCUCUUCCUACUUGCUGAUGAGGUGUAUCAGAGCUGUGUGUAUGGAGAAGAUACUGAGUUUGAAUCCUAUAAGAAAGUGUUAUCAGAAAUGGGCUCUACUAUUUCCAGCACUGUGGAACUGGCCUCCUUCAAUUCUGCCUCCAAGGGCUUCAUGGGAGAGUGUGGGCUUCGUGGUGGCUACAUGGAGCUGGUGAAUCUUGACCCUGCGGUGAAGGAAUAUACUCGUAUACUUUUUUCCACUAGGUCCUGCCCACCUGUUGGUGGACAAAUUGCACUUGACCUCAUGGCAGAUCCUCCAAAACCUGGAGAUCCUUCAUUCCCCACCUUCUCUGAGGAGGUCCAGUCCAUUAAAAAUAUGAUGCGUAAAAAUGCUUGUCGGAUUCAGGAGGUCUUUGGUGAGCUACCGGGGAUCAGCUGCCAGCCAUUGAAGGCAGGAUUUUUUGUCUUCCCCUGUCUACACUUCCCUCCAAGGGCAUUAAAAUGGGCCAAGAAAAGGCAGAUGAAACCAGACAUGCUGUAUUGUUUGCAAUUGCUAGAGGAAACAGGUCUGCAUGUGAGGCCGGGCUGUGAAUACGGACAAAGAAAGGACAGCCAUCACAUUAGGCUUUUGGUGGCAACUCAUGAGGACAUCAUGGAAGAUGCUCUACAAAGACUGAAGACCUUCCACAUGCGGUUCAUGAAGGAGUUUUCUUAGUGUCAUCUUAUUUGCUUUUGUCAGAUUAUGAGAUUUGUUUGAAAGUAAGUUGAAAAUGAAAUUGAAAAACAUUGCUUAUUUUCCUAGAGAGCUGAGAUGGUCAACACCCUUUGAUUUGAUUUAAAUUUCUCUGUUGUAAGGAUCAUCCACUGACCCAACAACUGCACGUUGUCUUAUUGUGGUGCGCAAAGUAAUUUAGUUCCAAUUAAACUCUGUCGGCCUCAAAUUUAGGUUGAGAGGUUCUAUAAAUAUUGGUCAUUGUCUAAUAAAUUAUUCAGUCAUUUGA